AUGGCGCUAUCAAUUUAUCUGCUGGUCACGGCAUUCGGACCCCUGGUCAUCGGGCCCUUGUCCGAAGUUUAUGGGAGGAAGCCGAUCCUGCAUGGGUCUAAUUUCUGGUUCUUGGUGUGGAAUAUCGUCUGCGGCUUUGCGAAAAGCAAGGAAAUGCUGAUCACGGCCCCGUUUCUGGCGGGAUUUGGUGCUAGUGCGAACUAUGCGCUGGCUAAAGGGGUGCUGGGGGAUGUGUGUCGUCCAGAACAGCGUGGUCGCUUGCUCGGUGUUUACUUGCUGAUUCCCUUGCUGUUUGCUGCUAUGUCCUGGGCGACUUCCGUGUUCCAAGCUGUCAUGAUCCUGGUGUCAUUUUCCUUAUUCCAUGAAACAUACACGCCUCUGAUUCUUCGCAAACGAGCAGAGCGGCUCCGCCACGACACGGGAGACUUGCAGUAUGAAACAGCCGACGAGCGUCUUCGCGCGAACAGGUUUUCUUCCAUGGUGCUGGGCCGAGCUCUGAUCCGACCACUCCGUCUACUUGUCUUCCAUUCAAUUAUCCAAAUCACCUCGGUCCUCUCGGCGUUUUACUACGGCAUCCUAUACAUCGUACUCUCCACAUUCUCAGAUCUUUGGAUAGACCAAUACAAGCAGUCCAUCGACUUAAGCGGCUUGCGCUACAUUGCCUGUGCCCUAGGCGAAGUCAUCGGCAGUCAAAUCGAAGCGACAUUCAUGGUUUUGUCAUAUUGGCGCAUGAGAUCCAGAUUAAACGGCGAACCUGCGCCCGAGUCCCGCAUCCCGCUGGUCCUUCCCGGUUCCGUGCUAAGACUCAGCAGUCUGUUCCUGUACGAAUGGGCGGCUGAGAAACGGCUGCAUUGGGCUGUGGUUGAUGUCGGAAUCUUCCUCAAUAUGCUUGGCAUGCAGAUUAAUGGCAUGCCGCCACAGGCGUGCGUGAUGGAGGCCUACUCGGAUCAUAUCAGCAGUGCCAUGGCGGCGACGCAGUUAAUGUGCGGCUUGACUGCGUUUUUGUUUCCGUUAUUCGGGCCUCGGAUGUACCAGGUGUUUGGUUAUGGAUGGGGUAACCGUACUAUCGCCUUUAUUGGGCUGGCCUUUAGUAUCCCGGCACCGUUGGUUAUUAUGGUCUUUGGGGUGAAAUUGAGAGCCAAGGUACAAUCGAGCUAUUGA